AUGUUUCGUAUUUUACAAGUUUCAACAACCAAUGUUGAGAGAAGGAAUGUGUAUCAUUUUCCUGCUUAUGCUACUCCAAAUAUUAGCAGUAAUUUGUUUCACUCAUCUUCUGAAGUAAAAGAUAACACAAUUUCAAGUAAGUAUGAAGUUGACCUUCAAGCAAGUCAACGUCAAAGCUGUGGUGAAGAAAGAGAAAAAAGGAAGUAUGUUCUUCAACAAAAGAGAAACAACAGAGGUUCUCAUCCUGCAUCAACAUCUGAUUAUGUUGAAAGGAUUCCAUUUUCAAAUACUUCAAGUGUUUCAACCACCAAUGUUGAGAGAAGGAAUGUGUAUCAUCUUCUUGUUUAUGCUACUCCAAAUAUUAGUAGUAAUUCUUUUCACUCAUCUACACAAGUAAAAGAUAACACAAUUUCAAGUAAGUACGAAGUUGACCUUCAAGCAAUUCAACGUCAGAUGUGUGCUGAAGAAAGAGAAAAAAGGAAGUAUGUUCUUCAACAAAAGAGAAACAACAGAGGUUGUCAUCCUGCAUCAACAUCUGAUUCUGUUGAAAGGAUUUCAAUUUCAAAUACUUCAAGUGGUUCAACCAACAAUGUCGAAAGAAGGAAUGUCCAUCACACUCCUUUUGGAAGUACUAAGCAAAUAUCCAAUUUUGUUGAGAGGACUCCAUUAUCAGAUAUUACAAAUUGUGGAAUAUCUAAAAUUGAAUUACAAAUGAGUGAUGAGAUGUUACCAGAUUCUGUGGUUAAGAAGAUUCAUGGAAUUUCUAAAGAUUAUAUUGAUCAUGGAGAUGCCAUCUUUGUGUGUUCUAAAUGUGAUGCAAUUUCUCAGAUAGAAUGCAAAACUACAAGAAACAACCAGCUUGAUAGUACAACCAUAGAGGGUCUUAAAGAUAUGUUGGAUUCUUGCAAUCCUCUUGUCCAAUCCUUCAGAAUGGUAAGAGAUUGUUUUCAAGAAAAUGAGUUUCAAGAUGUAAGCUUGAAGCUUAUUGGAACAAGAGAUAAGGAUGGAAGAGUUCACAAUUUGCCAACAACAUCAGAAAUUGUUGCGUUAAUACAUGGUGAUUUUGAUGGAGCAUUUAAUAAACGGGACAUUGUUGUUAGAAAGAAGUCUGAUGGUCUUCAAAGAAUUAAUGAGCUUCAUCCCUCUUACCUUGCUUUGCAAUAUCCACUUAUUUUCCCAUAUGCGGAAGAUGGUUAUAGAGUUGGUAUUAAACAUAGAGGGAUUGCGAUUGAUGAUAAGCAGUUUUUGGUUGAUGGAUACACGAUGAUAGAAUCUGCCAGGUUGAAUUAUAUAAGGACACAACAACCUAAACUUAGAGUACAAAAUCUUAAGAACUUGAAUGCUACUGUUGAAAGUGGAGAGAAUAAUGCCUCAAGUUGUGGUAAACCUAUACUUUUACCUUCAUCAUUUACUGGUGGUUCUAGAUAUAUGAUGCAAAAGUACUUGGAUGCUAUGGCAAUUUGCAAGUCUGUUGGAUAUCCCGAUUUAUUCAUAACGGUGACUUGUAAUCAAAAUUGGCCUGAGAUUUACAGGUGUUUGCACGAUAAAGCUCUUAAUGCUGAAGACAGACCGGAUAUUAUCUCUAGAUUAUUCAAGUGUAAAUUGGAUCAUCUUAUAAAAGAUUUCAAGAAACAUAACUUCUUUGGUGAUAUACAAGCAGCCCACUGUUCAAAAAUUUCAGUUAUGUAUACAGUGGAAUUUCAGAAGCGUGGACUCCCACAUGCUCACAUAUGUUUGUUCUUGGGUGCUGAAAGCAAAUUUUUUCCAAAGGCAUCUGAUAUUGAUCGUGUUAUUGCUGCUGAGAUACCAGAUAAAGAAAGAGAUCCUGAAUUAUAUGAGCUUGUUAAGCAAUUUAUGAUUCAUGGACCAUGUGGUACAGACAACCCACUUUGUCCAUGUAUGGUUCAGCAAAAAUGUUCUAAAAAGUUUCCCAAAAAAUAUGUAGAUGAGACUUGUGUUGAUUCUGAAGGAUAUCCUGUCUAUCAUCGUCGUCAAACAAGUAAUAUGGUAGUAAAGAAUGAUGUGACACUUGAUAAUAGAUUUGGGCCUGAUAGAGUCACUACUUCUGUUUUUCAAGCCAAUAGCACCAAGAAUAAUACGGAACAGAAUGUAGCUGUAGAUGAGAUAAAAGCAUACCUUGAAUGUAGAUAUAUCUCUGCUUGUGAAGCUGCUUGGAGAAUAUUCACGUAUGAUAUACAUUAUAGAUAUCCAGCUGUUGAAGUAUUACCUUUUCAUUGUGAAGAUGGUCAGAGUAUUGUGUAUAAUGAUCAUGAUAAUUUGUGUGAUAUUGUUACUGAUCCAACUGUGAAAAUGACAAUGUUUACAGAGUGGAUGAAUCGUAAUAAAGUUGAUGAAUUUGCCAGGACAUUGAGAUAUAAAACAGUUGAUGGGCAGGUUUUUCAAACAUUUAAAGAUGCAUGUUUUGCACGGGGGCUGUUGGAUGAUGAUAAAGAAUAUGUUAAUGCUCUCAAAGAAGCUAGCACAUGGUCAACCGGAGAUUUCUUGAGGACCUUUUUUUCAGAAACGAAGUCCCUGUUAUGUGAAGACAUUCUGUAUCAGCAACGAAAGAUAAUUGGUAUUGCAGAUUUGGAUCUUCAACAAGAAGAACUUGAAAAUAUCUGUCUAUCUGAAAUUGAAAAGUUGCUACUUACCAAUGGAAGUACAGUGAGAAAUUUUGAUGAUAUGCCAAGUGUUCCGGACAAUUAUGUUUCAUCGUCGAACAAUCGAUUGAUAAUGAAAGAAUUAUCGUAUUACAGACUAGCUCUUCAAAGGGAACAUGAUCGUUAUGUAAAGUGUUUAACUGCCGAACAGGAAAGGAUAUAUAAAAUUGUUAUGGAAGCGAUUGAAAAAGGUGAUGGAGGUGUGUUUUUUGUAUAUGGUUAUGGUGGAUCUGGAAAGACGUUUCUUUGGAAGACAUUCUCAGCUGCAUUACGAUCAAAAGGUGAAGUUGUAUUGAAUGUUGCAUCCAGUGGAAUUGCUUCACUUUUGCUGGAUGGUGGUAGAACUGCUCAUUCAAGGUUUGUAAUUCCAAUCAACAUUAAUGAGAAUUCAAUAUGUUCGAUAGAGCCUAAUACUGAGUUAGGUGAUUUAAUUAAAAGAGCAACAUUGAUUAUUUGGGAUGAAGCACCUAUGACUCACAAGCAUUGUUUCGAGGCUCUUGAUAGAACAAUGAGAGACAUAUCACAUUCCAGUCAACCGAACAUGCAAUCAAAGCCGUUUGGGGGAAAGGUCAUUCUAUUUGGUGGUGAUUUUAGACAAAUUCUUCCGGUCAUCCCUAAAGGUACCAGAACAAUGAUAGUCAAUGCUUCUUUGAAUUCUUCUUAUAUAUGGCGGCACUGUCAAGUACUAAAGCUAACUGAGAAUAUGAGAUUAAGAGUUGGUUGUCAGGAAGCAGAUUUGAAAGAAAUAAAGGAAUUUGGAGAAUGGAUUUGA